AUGCAGCCGUGGAAGAUUCCGGCGGCUGCCAUCGGAGAAGCUAUCUGUUUGUCGGUGGAUUUCUUCGGGGCGCUUAGAGCAGCCCACGCAAGAACCUGACUCCCUGGUUUGAUCGCCGAAGUCAAGAAGGCUUCUCCGAGCAGAGGAAUCCUUAGAGAGAACUUUGGUCCAGUGGGAAUUGCUCAAGCUUAUGAAAACGGUGGAGCUGCAUGUGUCAGCGUUCUAACAGACGAGAAGUUCUUCAAGGGAGGCCUCGAAAAAUUGGAAGCAAUAAGGAGUGCCGGUGUAAAGUGCCCCUUCGUCGUAGACCCAUUCCAAAUGUACUAUGCUCGGGCUAAGGGUGCCGAUGCGGUAUUGCUUCUCGCUACUGUGUUGACUGAUCUAGAGAUUACUUACAUGCUUAAGCUCUGCAAUAGGCUCGGUCUCGCUGCACUGGUCGAGGUGCAUGACGAGAGAGAGAUGGGUCGUGCUCUUGGAAUCGAGGGGAUCGAGCUUGUUGGCAUCAAUAACCGAAAUCUCGGAACGUUCGAAGUUGACAUAAGCAACACGAAGAAGCUUCUCGAAGGAGAGCAUGGUCGAGUCAUCCGAGAGAGAGACAUGAUCGUGGUCGGAGAAUCCGGUCUCUUCACACCCGAAGACAUCGCCUUUGUACAAGAAGCCGGUGUUAGAGCGGUUUUGGUUGGUGAAUCCAUCGUGAAGCAGAACGACCCCAAGAAGGGAAUAGCCGGCCUCUUCGGACGAGACAUAUCCAGAUAGAUAAAGCCCUGUUGUUGUCCCAUCAGAUUCUUUACAUGUCCAAAUAAGUACUACUAGUACUGUAAUACAUAGUAAUCUUGUUUUUUUUUUAUGUAAAAAAA